UUGGCUAUAACUGCGUUCACAGAGGCGGAGAAGCUGACUGCUGAACUCGCAUCUGGAGCAGUUAGUGCUCUUCGUUACCUGAACACAUUGCUACACAUGACAACUUCGUCAUUUCUUGACUACAUACGAUGUGUAACAUGCCGACGACCGUGCCCUGUCGACGGGACCAUGUACGUUGUGAACAAGACGGAUGAGUUGAUACCGAAUAUCCGCCUGACAGUUAAGGGGAGAAAAGUACUUGGAGAAGACGUAGACAAGAAAGCGUGA